UUUUAAAAUCAAUACGAAGUCGUAUUUGACAUAUUGUUUUUGGGGCGCCAUCUUAAUUUUCAUUUGACCUGACAUAUUAGCAGGAAUGUUGAAUGUGAUGUUUUUAUUUAUCUACUGAAUAUUUUGUAUUAUGUGUGUGAGUGAGCAUUUCAAAUAGUAGAGAAAGUGAAUAGUGUUGAUCAAUACAUGAAGAACAUAACCGUACUAUCCACGAUAACAAGAUGACAACCUCGACGACGACGACGACACAAAACCAAAAAAAUAGUACAACCCCAUCCGCUAAACCACAGAAAACUUAUGGAAAAAUCGUUUUAACACUACACAAUUGCUUGUUGCCGGAAUCUGCUUUUAAAGAGACGCCGUCUCAAGCAGAUGGUCUGGACAUCGAAACCGAGACGGACUUGCGAAUCUUGGGAUGUGAGAUGAUCCAAACGGCCGGAAUUUUAUUGAAGCUUCCCCAAGUUGCCAUGGCGACGGGACAGAUGUACUUGCAAAGAUUUUAUUAUUCCAAGUCGUUUGUCAGGUACCCAAUGGAAACAACCGCUAUGGGCAGUAUAUAUCUAGCGUCGAAAGUAGAAGAGAAACCAUGUCGAAUACGUGAUGUAAUCAAUGUAUUUCAUCACAUCAAGCAGGUGCGAGCCCAAAGGACAAUCUCACCCCUGAUUGUUGAUGCUAACUAUAUUGAACUAAAGAAUCAGGUAAUAAAGGCAGAAAGACGAAUUUUAAAAGAAUUAGGAUUCUGUGUUCAUGUGAAACAUCCACAUAAACUGAUUGUUGUGUAUCUUCAGUUAUUGCAAUAUGAAAAGAAUAAGCAUUUGAUGCAAAUGUCAUGGAACUACAUGAAUGAUGCACUAAGAACAGAUGUUUUUAUGAGAUUCCCCCCAGAGACUAUUGCUUGUGCUUGCAUAUAUUUAACAGCUCGGAAAAUAGGUCUGCCGCUGCCAAACAACCCAAAAUGGUUUCUAUUGUUUAAAGUUACUGAGGAAGAAAUACGGGACAUUUGUUUUAGAAUAUUGCAGUUGUAUAAAAGGAGUAAAGUUAAUCCUGAGGAGUUAGAGGGUAAAGUUGAUACACUGCGGAAAAUAUAUCAAGCAAACAGACAGCUACAGGUGCAGAAGGAGAGAGAAGCAAAAUUAGAAGAGAAGAAAUUGGAAGCAAGUACAGCUUCAACAUCCAAAGAUGCAAAACGUGAUUCAAAGCCAGAUAAAUCUCCAAAAACUCCACCUCUGGUGUCAAAGUACCACACAAGUCAUAAAAAGAGGGAGAGACGAUCUAGAUCACCAUAUGACAGGAAAAGAGAAUAUACUAGUAAAAGACAUAAAUCACGAGACAAGGAAAUGGAGAGGCCUAGAGAGAGACGUUCAGAUGAUAAACGCAGCAGGACUUCUAGAAAAUAUGACGACUAUGAAAGAUCCAAGUCAAGCAGAGACAGUAGAGAUGAGAAACGGAAACAUUAGCUUAAGUACUAUAUUAAAUACUAUUGGAUUAAUAAAA